AUGACAACAGUGGUGUCAUUGAGAGUACAAAGCAGGGGACAGGGCUUUCUUACAAUGAGUUCGUUUUCUCGUUUUGUUCUGGUUUUUGUGUCGAUUGUUUUGCUAGUUGAUGACGUAGUAUUUGCUAAUGUUAGGGAAGAUGAAGGGGAUAAACACUUAUUUGGUGGGCCUGGUCUUGGAGGGGGGAUAGGACAUGGGAUUUAUAAGAGGGGGUUUAGACCUGGUGGGCUUGGUGGAGGAUUUGGUGGUGGUGGAGGUGGGGGUCUAGGAGGUGGUGGUGGUCUAGGAGGUGGGGCUGGAGGAGGUUUUGGUGGUGGUGGUGGUAUAGGAGGUGGUAGUGGUGGUGGUCUUGGAGGUGGUGCUGGAGGUGGCUUGGGUGGUGGGGGUGGUCUAGGUGGUGGUGGUGGCUUAGGUCAUCAUGGAGGUCUUGGAGGUGGUGCAGGUGGUGGGCUUGGUGGAGGUGGUGGUUUAGGUAAUCAUGGAGGUCUUGGAGGUGGUGCAGGCGGUGGGCUUGGUGGAGGUGGAGGUUUAGGUCAUCAUGGAGGUCUUGGAGGUGGUGCAGGAGGAGGACUUGGUGGAGGUGGAGGUUUAGGUCAUCAUGGAGGUCUUGGAGGUGGUGCAGGAGGAGGACUUGGUGGAGGUGGAGGUUUAGGUCAUCAUGGAGGUCUUGGAGGUGGUGCAGGAGGAGGACUUGGUGGAGGUGGAGGUUUAGGUCAUCAUGGAGGUCUUGGAGGUGGUGCAGGAGGAGGACUUGGUGGAGGUGGAGGUUUAGAUCAUCAUGGCGGGCUUGGAGGUGGUGCAGGAGGUGGGCUUGGUGGAGGUGGUGGUCUAGGAGGUGGAGGUGGACUAGGUGGAGGAGCAGGUGGUGGUGGUGGUGGUGGUGGACUUGGAGGUGGAGCUGGGGGUGGACUGGGAGGAGGAGGAGGUGGUGGACUUGGUGGAGGAGCAGGAGGUGGUGGUGGAUUUGGAGGUGGUGCUGGUGGAGGAUUAGGAGGAGGUGCAGGUGGGGGUGGUGGAUUUGGUGGUGGUGGAGGAGGUGGUAUAGGUGGUGGUGCAGGUGCAGGAGGUGGCUUUGGAGCAGGUGGAGGCUUUGGUGCAGGUGGUGGAGGUGGCUUUGGUGGAGGUGGAGGCUUUGGUGGUGGCCACUAA